AAGUCCAACAACUGUUUCCCUGUGGUACAACUACAACAGCAGUUACUCCGUCUCCGCCAGUACCGCCGGCAGCUUUUCAUCUCCGAUCCUCCGGUUCACGACGGCGAUAUCCUUCUCUAGACAUACUCAAGAGUCCAUCCAGUUUGACCUAAGAUGGACCAGUAUGAAAAAGUUGAAAAGAUUGGUGAAGGAACGUACGGCGUAGUGUACAAAGCUCGUGAUCGUGUAACUAAUGAAACUAUUGCACUGAAGAAAAUUCGGCUGGAGCAGGAAGACGAGGGUGUGCCAAGCACGGCUAUUAGAGAAAUCUCCCUCUUGAAAGAGAUGCAGCAUGGAAACAUUGUGAGGUUGCAAGAUGUGGUUCACAGUGAGAAGCGAUUAUAUCUAGUGUUUGAAUAUCUCGACUUGGAUUUGAAGAAGCAUAUGGACUCAUGUCCCGAGUUCUCUAAGGAUCCGCGUCUUGUAAAAAUGUUUUUGUAUCAAAUUCUCCGUGGAAUUGCUUAUUGUCAUUCUCAUAGAGUUCUUCACCGAGAUCUGAAGCCUCAGAACUUGCUGAUAGAUAGACGUACAAACGUUCUAAAGCUUGCAGACUUUGGAUUGGCUAGAGCAUUCGGCAUUCCUGUCAGAACUUUCACCCACGAGGUGGUGACGUUAUGGUACAGGGCACCAGAAAUACUGCUAGGAUCACGCCACUACUCUACUCCUGUUGAUGUUUGGUCAGUAGGCUGCAUAUUUGCUGAGAUGGUGAACCAGCGGCCUCUGUUUCCGGGUGACUCCGAGAUUGACGAACUUUUCAAGAUUUUCAGAGUUGUGGGUACUCCAAAUGAGGAUACAUGGCCUGGAGUGACUUCUUUGCCUGAUUUUAAAUCUGCUUUUCCAAAGUGGCCAUCUAAGGACUUAGGAACUGUAGUCCCUAAUCUUGGUGCAGCAGGCCUUGAUCUCAUUGGUAAAAUGCUUUACCUAGACCCCAGCAAGAGAAUCACUGCCCGAAGCGCCCUUGAGCAUGAGUACUUCAAGGACAUUGGGUUCGUACCAUGAAUCGAGCACCUGCAUCUUCAGUUCUAAUGUAUAUUUGAGUGUGUUAUUUUUAGGCUUUAUUUGUCCUCUACUUUUAAUUAUAUUUCCUCCAAUGACAUCCAAUCUGUUUACGAUUCACGCUAGAUGUUUGAAGAUAGUUUCACUGCAAUUUCCUUUGGUUUUGUAUUUUAUGGUUCAGACAAUACUGGAAGACAGCAAUCCAUUCUGCUUUCUUCAUUAA